CAUUAUCCUAGGCCACUUUGUUGUUUCACACAAUGCCAUGACGUUGCACACAGCUCGUGGGCUCAAUGACGGAGGUUUCUUUCAGGACACCUUGGUGGCCCUUGGGCUGGCAAAAAGUAGCACCCCACGCAAGCCUGGAUCAGGCACUCCAAUGCGGGGAUUGCGGAGAAUCAAGACGAGCGGCCCGCAGACCCACAAACUUCCUUUUGUCGUCAUGUGGGGCGUGACCCUUGUCACUGCCGUCACAAUGGCCGUGAUCAAUUUUUUCACGAUUUGGAUCAUUUCCUUCGCGGUGUCGUGGAAGUUCAGCACCUUGCAGCUUAUGGUCGACCACCUUGGCGUUUGGUUCGCGAUCUUGGGGUUCACGAUGCUUUGCUCUUGCAUAGCACUUUGCUGCACCAUCUUCAUAUACACCUGUGCACCUGCAGCCGGUGGUUCUGGGGCACCUGAGAACAAAGGUUUUCUCAAUGGGAACGAGAUCCCUGAGCUCUUCACCCUGCAGAACCUAAUUGGACGCGCCAUCGCAACUAUGUUGGCUAAUGUCACCGGCUAUCCUGUUGGUCGUGAAGGGCCCACGGUCACGAUGGGCAGCAACCUAGCUUACCUUAUCACGCACGUGGCUGCAUUGCCAUUUGUUCGUCAGUGGGUGGAUAUUGAUGCGCCCGGUUCUGCCACGUCUGCCGCCACGAUGAUCGAUGAGGAUCGUUUUGAGCAUGCGAAACGGAUUGUGUGCACAGUUGGCGGGGCUUGUGGUAUGGCAAUGCUGUUUGACUCUCCCAUCGGUGGCAUUGUGUAUAUGUUCGAAGAAAUCACGUCUUCGUCUUGGCCAGUGGAGGUCACCUUCCGGGCCUUCGCCGGCACAUCUGUUUGUGCCUUGGUGUCAAGGGCCUUGCUGAACAUGUGCGGGACAUCAACGAAGGCUUUCGUGAUCUAUGAAUGGAAUCCACAGCCUACUGGAUGGAGCUGGCGUGAUGUGCCCUUUUUUAUGUUGCUCGCUGUGAUGAUUGGCCCUUUCAGCGCUUUCCACACCCGAGCGUGUUUGGCAGUUGCUGCUGCGAGGCAGAAGCUGAUGAAGCGGUUUUCCUCCUACGAACCCUUCAACAAGAUGGCCGAUGCAGUGCUUUACGGAGGGCUUGUGGCACUGACUUAUUCGCUGGUAGCUCUGUCGGCUAAUUGCAAACACACCGCGCAAGAUGCAGUACAGUUUGUGCGGUAUGAUUGCGAGGAAGGAAAAUACAAUCCCGUGGCCUCGCUAUUGUUAACCACCUCCGAGGGCGCCGUAAAGCGGCUCUUCUCGAGGCAUGACGCCAACGAAAUUCAUUUCAGGAACGAACUUCUAGCAUUUUUGUCCUACACGAGCCUGAACAUUGGCCUUACAGGGGUCCAGGUGCCAUCUGGAAAUUUUACCGGCUCUAUGCUCAUUGGUGGGCUGAUCGGCCGCAUGAUGGGCGCUUUGGUGCGGGACUACGGCCCGGGAAUGGCGGUGUCCGGUGUGUAUGCAAUGGUUGGCAGUGCCUCCAUGCUGUGUGGUUUCAAACAAAUGGCAGUGGCGGUGGUGGUUUUCAUCACAGGAGCUGCCAAUGACCUCGGCCUGGUGCCUCCAUUGAUGCUAGCGGUGACCAUCUCUUUGCUCCUGAACAAGCAAAUCAAUGAAAGGGGCUUCGACGAGGAGCAGAUUCUAAGGAAGGCCAUUCCUUUUCUGCCACCUGAACCACCACGUCUCAUGGACCGGGUUCUGGCCUACGAGCUGCGGGACGACUUGCCCCCAGAAGCCACACUGGAGCCAGAGGCAGAUUAUAGAAGCAUUGAGGCUGCACUUGAACAAGACAAGGUUGAUUGCUUUCCUGUCUUGAAAGAUGGUCACUGCAUUGGGUUCACCACCCGAGCACGUCUCCAAGCUGCACUGGAAGUUUGGAAGGCCACGGGCUUCGUUGAAGCGGGAGGAGCGCGACCACAGGCUCUUUCAGAUGCUGGUGGGGAGCAAAUGGGCAAGUUGAUCUCAGUUACGGUAGCAAGGGAAUCCAGCUUCUCUGGGAAUGUCCUGCCGGUGAAGCGCUUAACCGAAAAGGCUCCUUACACUAUUUUAGAGGAUAUGCCAGGGCCGAGGCUUUAUGCCUUGUUUGCCAAGGCCGGCGCCAAAGCUGCAUCGGUGAUCUCAGAGAAGGGAGAGCAAUGAUCUUAGACCGAGAUGCAGCAUGAACACUGGCAAGAUAAUCUGUGAUAAAACUAUUCCUGAAGAAAUGUAACGCAGCACCUGGUCAACCAAUUUGCAGGUUCAAAGGGAUGAUUUCCAGGAAGGGCUUGAUUUCGAUUGCUCGCAGAUAUGAGGAGGAAUCAGACCAAGCCCAGUACGAUGACACCAUUGGUGAUGAGGACGAAGAGCAGAGUUUGGUCAUUCCCCCAAAUCCGUGAGCAAGCAGUGGCCGUGCCUGUACAGUGACGUUUUGUUUCUGAACAUUGUUUCAUGUUGUUUCUUUGUCUCACUACAGCAUCUUCUGCAGAAGAAAAUGGCCAGCUGCGUCUCCAUGUUGAAUAAUUAGCAUGUUUGGAAUGAUUCUAUUUCUGGC